AUGAUGGCGUCUCGAUCGAUGGCUCCUCAACAAACCAUGGGCGAUGUUAUCGUUGUGGAAGAUGACAAAAAUGCUGGGAAAGGAAGAAACCGGCGAGUUCUUCGUGAUAUAGGCAAUGUUGUUCGAGAAAAUUACCCAAAGAACGAUCCUGCAAAGAUCAAUCGUCCUCGUACACGCUCUCAACACGCCCCACUUGUGGAGCCUAUUAAAGCGGAUAAACCUGCCGUCAAGAGAAACGUUGUACCAAAGCAGAGGAAAAGAGCUGAGAAACCAAAGGUUGUGGAGAUCAUAGAGAUAAGCUCAGACAGUGAUGAAGAACAAGGUUUAGUCGCUGUCCAGGCGAAAAAUGCUAAUAAGAAGAAAGCAAUCUCUUACACAUCUGUUCUCACCGCUAGAAGCAAGGCUGCUUGUGGAUUGGAGAAGAAACCGAAAGAAGCCAUUGUUGAUAUCGACGCAGCUGAUGCUGAGAAUGAUCUUGCAGCUGUGGAAUAUGUUGAAGAUAUCUACAGUUUCUACAAGUCUGUUGAGAGUGAAUGGCGACCACAAGAUUACAUGAGAUCGCAGCCUGAGAUUAAUGAAAAGAUGAGACUGAUUCUGGUGGAAUGGUUGAUAGAUGUACAUGUCAGAUUCGAGCUGAAUCCAGAGACAUUUUACCUCACUGUUAACAUUUUGGAUCGGUUCUUGUCGGCUAAGCCAGUGCCUAGAAACGAAUUGCAGCUGGUUGGUGUCAGUGCUCUUCUCAUGUCAUCCAAAUACGAAGAAAUCUGGCCUCCACAGGUGGAGGAUCUAGUUGAUAUUGCAGACCAUGCAUACACUCACAAACAGAUUCUGGUGAUGGAGAAGACAAUACUGUCUACACUCGUGUGGUACUUGACAGUUCCGACUCAUUAUGUCUUCCUUGCUCGUUUCAUCAAAGCUUCCAUUGCAGAUGAACAGAUGGAGAAUAUGGUGCACUAUUUGGCGGAGUUGGGCGUAAUGCAUUACGACACGACGAUAAUGUUCAGUCCCUCUAUGGUUGCUGCCUCUGCAAUCUACGCAGCGAGGUCUGCUCUUCACCAAGUUCCUGUAUGGACUAACACUCUCAAGCAUCACACUGGCUAUUCUGAAACUCAGCUCAUGGACUGUGCAAAGCUUUUGGCGUAUCAGCAGUGGAAGCAGCAGCAAGAAGGGUGUGUGAACGCUAAGGGAGCUUUACGGAAGAAGUACUCCAAGGAUGAGAGAUUCGCUGUGGCUUUGAUCCCUCCGGCCAAAUCUUUGUUGACCGGAUCUGAGUCUGCUUAG